ACUAUAAAGCCGCCGAGUUCCUCUUGUCUCCUUCCACCUUCAGCCAUUUUGAUCAUGUUGGGAGCCGUGGGACGCUGCUGCACCGGGGCUCUGCAGGCUCUCAGGCCUGGGGUCCAGCCCCUGAAGGCCCUUGUCGGAUCACCGGCCGUCCUUUCACGCAAAGACUAUGUUGCGCCUGUCGCUGCCGCCGCCACCGCUGCUGCUAGUGUUGCCAACGGACGCAUCGUGGCUGUCAUCGGUGCUGUGGUGGACGUCCAGUUCGAUGAAGGCCUACCACCCAUCCUCAACGCCCUGGAGGUCGCUGCCCGAGAGUCCAGGCUCGUUCUGGAGGUGGCACAGCAUCUUGGUGAGAACACUGUACGCACCAUUGCUAUGGAUGGUACUGAAGGUCUGGUCCGUGGACAGAAGGUUCUGGACACUGGAGCACCCAUUAGAAUCCCAGUGGGUCCUGAGACCCUGGGUAGGAUUAUGAACGUCAUUGGUGAACCUAUUGAUGAGAGGGGCCCCAUCUCCACAAAGCAGACUGCACCCAUCCAUGCUGAGGCACCUGAAUUCACUGACAUGAGUGUGGAGCAGGAGAUUCUUGUGACUGGCAUUAAAGUGGUGGACUUGCUGGCCCCCUAUGCCAAGGGAGGAAAGAUUGGGCUCUUUGGUGGAGCUGGUGUAGGCAAGACUGUGCUGAUCAUGGAGCUGAUCAACAAUGUAGCCAAGGCCCACGGUGGUUACUCUGUGUUUGCUGGUGUGGGCGAGCGUACCCGUGAGGGAAACGAUUUGUACCAUGAAAUGAUUGAGUCCGGUGUCAUCAACCUGAAGGACACAACCUCCAAGGUGGCGCUGGUGUACGGACAGAUGAACGAGCCCCCCGGCGCUCGUGCCAGAGUGGCUCUGACUGGACUGACAGUGGCCGAGUACUUCCGUGACCAGGAGGGUCAGGAUGUGUUGCUCUUCAUCGACAACAUCUUCCGCUUCACACAGGCUGGCUCUGAGGUGUCUGCCCUGCUGGGUCGUAUCCCCUCUGCUGUGGGUUACCAGCCCACUCUCGCCACAGACAUGGGUACUAUGCAGGAAAGGAUAACUACCACCAAGAAAGGUUCUAUCACAUCAGUGCAGGCCAUCUAUGUGCCUGCUGAUGAUUUGACUGACCCUGCCCCUGCCACCACCUUUGCUCACUUGGAUGCCACUACUGUGUUGUCUCGUGCCAUCGCCGAGCUGGGCAUCUACCCUGCUGUCGACCCCCUGGACUCGACCUCCCGUAUCAUGGAUCCAAACAUUGUUGGAGCCGAGCACUACGAUGUUGCCCGUGGUGUGCAGAAAAUCCUUCAGGACUACAAAUCCCUUCAGGAUAUCAUUGCUAUCCUAGGUAUGGAUGAGUUGUCUGAGGAGGACAAGCUUACUGUGGCCCGUGCCCGCAAGAUCCAGCGGUUCCUGUCCCAGCCAUUCCAGGUGGCUGAAGUCUUCACAGGCCACAUGGGCAAACUGGUGCCCCUAAAGGAGACCAUCAAGGGCUUUAAGGACAUUCUUGGAGGUGAGUAUGACUCCCUGCCCGAGCAGGCCUUCUACAUGGUUGGCCCUAUCGAGGAAGUGGUCCAGAAGGCUGAGAAACUGGCUGAGGAGCACUCCUAAACGCCUGAGCAAUCGAACUAUUGAGGAACUAAGAAGAAAACAAAGAAAUAGGCAGGGGUCCAGCUGUUAGAAGUGCUCGAUUUGUAAAACGUGUCCAAGUCCAAAUGUACCCGUCUGUCAUCUGAGUUAUAUUUAAUGUCACCAUUUGCAAAAAAAAGAUGGAAUAAAAAACAAGUCUGUACACAA